AAUAAACCAGUUCUUUUAGUUUUUCUUUGUUUCUCGCUUGCUAGAUCCCGAAGCUUGAAACGCGUCACUUUAGCUGUUUCUGGUUUUUGGUUCUGGGGCGACGCACCAAUUAGGGUUCCGGGGGCGCGUGAUCGCGGGAUUUCAAUGUCUACGGAAAGGAAGAGGAACGCGAGAUUGUUUGAUGUGGACCGGUCAUCGGUCUCUUCUGAGGGGUAUUCGCUGGAUGGAAAGCUGGAUUCGCAGAGGCAUUCGGACAUACUCCAGAAGAGGGAAACUCUUCCAGUUAGGAAGCAGAAGAAUGAGUUUUUGGAUGUCUUGAAGAAGAACCAGGUUAUCAUCCUUGUGGGCCAGACUGGAAGUGGCAAAACUACCCAGGGUUGGUCUGACUAAAUUCUGAAGUCUUGAAAAGCAAGAGGUGGAAUCCCAUGGGUAAUGAGAAUUGCUGAUUUGCAGAUUCCGCAGUUUGUUUUGGAAGCUUUUGAGGUGGAAACUUCCGUUAAGAGGCCCAAGAUGAUGGUUGCUUGCACUCAGCCUUGUCCAGUGGCUGCAGUGUCUGCUUCGCAACGUGUUGCUGAAGAGAUGAAUGUCAUCGUUGGUGAAGAAGUUGGUUAUAGCAUCUGUUUCGAAGACAAUAUUAGUGAUAAGACAGUUUUGAAGUAUUUAACGGAUGGUAUGCUCUUAAGAGAAGCCAUGGCCAAACCACUAUUAGAAAUGUACAGAGUAAUAAUCAUUGAUGAAGCUCAUGAGAGAACUUUAGCAACAAGCGUGCUCUUUGGAUAUCUCAAACUAGUGUUGGGAAUGCGUCCAGAUCUUAAAUUGGUGGUCAUGAGUGCUACUGUAGAAGCUAAGUUACAAGACUAUUUUGAUGGGGCACCUCUAAUGAAAAUUUAUUGUGUGCAACACCCUGUGGAUAUAUUCUACACAAUGAAGCCUGAAAGUGACUUCCUUGGAGCUACAAUUCGAUCUGUUGUCGAAAUACACCAACGGGAAGAGCCUGGAGAUAUACUAGCGUUUUUAACACGUCAGGAAGAGAUAGAAGAGGCUUGCCACAGAAUUUCUGAAGAGAUUGGUAAAUUAGGAAACAAGGUGGGACCUGUGGAAAUCGUGUAUUUGCACUCAACUCUUCCUCCAGACAUGCAGCAGAAGAUAUUUGAUGGUCCACCUGGGAGGAAAAUCGUGGUCUCAACAAUCACUGCUGAAACAUCUCUUAGUAUAGACAGGAUUGCUUAUGUGAUUGAUCCCGGUGUUGUCGAACAAAAAUUUUAUGACUCACGGGUUGGAGUCGAGUUCCUUAUGGUUUCUCCAGUUUCCAGGGAUAGGGCUGAUAUGAGAGCCUCUCUUGCUGGUAGGACAGUGCCAGGGAAAUGCUUUAGGCUUUAUACUGAGAGGAGUUACAAUCAGGAUCGUCACGGGCAGACUGAUCCCGAGAUAUUGAGGUCGAAUUUAGGGAGUAUUGUCCUGAUAUUGAAGAAGCUGGAAGUUCCUGAUCUACGUCAUUUCAUGAACCUACCUGCAGAAGAGGCGUUGACGAGGGCUUUGAAAGAGUUGUCAGAUUUGGGAGCAUUAGAUGAUAAGGGGAACUUGACGGAGUUGGGGAAUAUGAUGAGUAAGUUUCCGCUUGAUCCUCAGAUGGCGAAGAUGCUGGUUGUUAGUCCAGGCUUUAAUUGCUCGAAUGAGAUCCUCUCUAUUUGUGCUAUGCUAUCAGCCAAAUUUCUUUUUCUAGUACCCAAUUGCUUUCGAGAAGGCUUUGAUAAAGUCAAAGCUAGGUUCGUUGACACUGAUGGUGAUUACCUGACUCUGUUGAACGUCUACAAUGAGUUCAAGCGCAACAAAGAGGAUUUAUCUUGGUGUGAUACAAAUUUCAUCAACUAUAGUGUGCUUAAAUCUGCACAAAAUGUGAGGCAGCAUCUUGUACAGUGCAUGUCAAGGUGUGGAAUCGAGAUGUGCCGCACCUAUUUAUACGGCCCGGAAUACUAUGACAACAUAAGUAAGGCAAUACUAGCAGGGUAUUUUAUGCAAGUUGCUCAUCUGGAGUGCACUGGAGACUACUUGACUGUCAAGGGUAACCAAUACGUGCACUUACAUCCAUCAAAUUUUCUGGGUGGCAAGCCAGAAUGGGUGGUGUACAAUGAAAUUGUGUCGACUAGCAUGAACUUCAUUCGUACAGCGAUGGAUGUUCGUGGUGAAUGGCUGGUAGACAUAGCUCCUCCUCGUUACUAUUUGAAGAACUUCCCCAAUUCUGAAGCAAAGCAGAUUCUCGAGCUUUUGGAGAAGUGGAAGGAGGAGCAAAGGAAGUGGGAGAGGGAGGAGAGCAAGAACAAAAGAUAUGUUCCCAGGAAGCGGGGGGAGGAAGUAGGCUCCCGAGAAGUGCACAGGAAGCAGGAGAGGGAGGAGAGCAGGAACAAAAGAUAUGUUCUCUCCUCGAACUGCGCUUGGAAGCGGGAGGAGGAAGUAGGCUCCCGAGAAGUGCACAGGAAGCGGGAGAGGGAGGACAGAGAGAGGCAGUGGGAGGAGCGCGAGCGCAAGCGCAAGUGCGCAACAAGAAAACAAUAAGACUUGUUAUAAACAGACCCCUAAAAUACUAGAAACACCAAACAAGGAAAUCGAAGCUACCAAAAUAGGUAUAACCCUCUCCAAAUAUAAACUUCCCCCUCUUUGCAACCUAAGAAGAAACCAUGGAUCGGAACACUCACACCAAAUUCUGGAGACUCAUAACUCGACCAAUAUCACCAUACUUGUACUUAUUUUCCUCCUAACUAUAAGCUACAUAGCCUACAUAUAUUUUCAUUCAAGUUAUACCUUUCUUUCAGUUAAGUAUACUAACGUAUUGGUCAUGUAUAUUAUUACUGCAUUUACUAAUCUAUUAGUACCUAUAUAACUACAUGUUUCAGCAA